CUUUCCUGUCGACUUCCUCGCGUCUCUGCCCGAAACCUUCCUCCGUCAACACAAAUAGAAACCAAGCCAACCCUUGCGCAACAAAACUAAAUCCAAGCUAUGCACGACGAAAAAUUGUACCAGUAUGAUUCUAAUUACAUCACUUCUAGCUCUUAUAUCCAGUAGAAACCUUAAUCGAAUCCUUUGUGGUGAAAUGGCGCCACCGACAAAGAAGCUCUUGGACAGCAGCUCGUAAAACAUCCUACUUUAUCAGAGCGGAGCCAUUUUCAGGAGGAGUAGAUGGCAAAGAAAGAACAAACACGCAGACCUUAAUUCGCAAAAUUGCUGGAAGAUGAUAGAUGAUAGAUGGAGGAGAAGGCAAAAAGGAAGUUACUACUGAUACUAUAUGCAUCGCAGACCGGUAAUGCAAUCGACGCCGCCGAACGGUUGGGCCGCGAAGCUGAGCGUCGCGGCUGUCCUGCAGCCGUAUUAUCAGUUGACGAGUUUGAUCCAAUUUCUCUGCCUAAUGAGGAGAUUGUUGUUUUUGUGGUUUCAACUACUGGUCAAGGAGACACUCCGGACUCCAUGAAGGUCUUUUGGAGGUUUUUGUUGCAACGCAAUCUUAGCCAAAUUUGGCUUGAAGGAGUUAAUUAUGCGGUGUUCGGACUGGGUGAUUCUAGCUAUCAGAAAUAUAAUUUUGUUGCAAAGAAACUUGAUAAGAGGCUCUUAGAUCUUGGUGCCACUCCGGUUAUUGAAAGAGGCUUAGGAGAUGAUCAGCACCCUUCAGGGUAUGAAGGUGCUCUAGAUCCUUGGAUGUCCUCUUUGUGGAAUGUGUUGCACCAAAAUAAUCCUAUGCUAUUCCCAAAUGGUCCUGAAUAUGAGACAUUAAAUAUAGAAUUGCUGGAUCAACCUAAAAUAAAGAUUACAUAUCAUGAUGCUUAUGAUACUGAUGGUGGGAAUCAACAAUUCUCAAUGUCUUCAGUUGCAGAUCUUAAUUUUGUUGAGGAGCAGUUUGUUAGAGCUCGCUCAAUGUUCCCAGGAACACAUUCUGGAAAGAAUCGGCCAGAUUGCUUUCUAAGAAUGGUAAAAAAUGAUCCAUUAAGUGAAGUAGGCUGUGGGAAAGAUGUACGCCAUUUUGAACUCGAACCUGUUUCAUCUUCAAUCCAGUAUGAAGUGGGUGAUGUUCUUGAGGUUCUACCUGGGCAAAGUGUUGCUUCAGUGGAUGCUUUCAUAAAGCGUUGCAAUUUGAACCCUGACUCAUACAUCAGAGUUCAACCUAGAGAUAAAGACCAAAGACCUGCUGAUAAUACCAUAAGUACUGUAAUGCUCCCUGUGCGGUUAAGAACUUUUGUGGAGUUAACUAUGGACAUUGCAUCAGCCUCUCCUAGACGCUAUUUCUUUGAGAUCAUGAGUUAUUUUGCCACUGCUGAACAUGAGAAGGAGAGGCUCAAGUAUUUUGCUUCAUCAGAAGGACGAGAUGAUCUCUAUCAGUACAACCAGAAGGAAAGGAGAACAGUGCUAGAGGUAUUGGAUGAUUUCCCUUCCGUUCAAAUGCCAUUUGAAUGGUUAGUUCAAUUGGUACCUCCAUUAAAAACAAGGGCCUUUUCCAUCUCUUCCUCUCUUCAAGCUCACCCUAACCAAGUGCAUCUGACUGUAAGCAUAGUGUCAUGGACAACACCUUAUAAAAGGAAGCGUACCGGUCUUUGCUCAUCUUGGUUAGCUGGACUUGAUCCUCAACAAGGAGACCUUAUACCAGCAUGGUUUCAUAAAGGUUCUCUUCCUCCCCCACCACCACCACUUCCUCUCGUUCUUGUUGGACCGGGAACUGGGUGUGCACCCUUCCGAGGAUUCGUGGAGGAAAGAGCUCUGCAGAGUAAAUCCGGCACCACGGCUCCCAUCAUUUUCUUCUUCGGUUGCAGAAAUGAAGAAAACGACUUCUUGUACAGAAACUUUUGGCGGUCUCAUGAACAGAACGGUGGGGUCCUUUCUGAAGAGAAAGGAGGAGGCUUCUUUGUUGCCUUCUCCAGGGACCAACCUCAGAAGGUUUAUGUGCAACACAAGAUGAAGGAGCAAAGCAUGAAGGUGUGGAGUCUGUUGGCCGAGGGGGCUGCAGUCUACGUUGCAGGCUCUGCAAGCAAAAUGCCUUCCGAUGUGCUUUCAGCGUUUGAGGAAAUCGUAUCAAAAGAAAGCGGGGUUUCUAGGGAAGCUGCGGCGAGGUGGCUUCGGGCAUUGGAAAGGGCUGGUAAAUACCAUGUUGAAGCCUGGUCUUAAUCUCUGCCCUUUCACCUGGAUGUACUACUAAUACUUCUACACCAAAUUAGGUGCAACCUUGUUACAUUAUUUACUGCUCCAAAUUAUAGCAGUGUUUAUUUAUUUAUUUUACCAUGUAAUUUUGUAUUUUCUGGUAUAUGUGAAGAGGGAUGGGGAAGAUCGGAAGAGACAAUGCUCAACUACAUCAUAACAUAAAGAAUCAUUAUGUUAGAUCUAAAUACUUUGGGGAUGAAAUUUGAAUUUAGACCUAAUGUUUUGAAAGGCUUUUAGACUAUAAUGUUUAGUCUCUCUUAACCUUGGUAAAUUAUAUUAUGGACCAAGGUUAAUGUUGUAUCAUGGACUUAGAUUAAUACUACAAGUUU